AUUCAACAAUUUUGACAGAAGUGAUUUGCAGUUUUGGGUUUUGCUAUUGGAUAUAUUCAGUAAUUGUGAAAAGGCCUGAAAGAAAAAAUUAAAAAUUGUACGAAAAAUAUUAUUAUAAUUAGUGUUCUUUUAAAUAAAAAGUAAAUAAGUGGAAAAAAUAUUGUGAAGGCUUAUAAGUAAACAAUCAUCACAAUGACUUUAACGUCCGCCGCUGGUAUCAUCUCGUUGUUGGAUGAGCCAAUGCCUGAUUUAAAGGUAUUUGCUCUGAAAAAACUCGACAACAUCGUUGACGAGUUUUGGCCAGAGAUUUCGGAAUCCAUUGAAAAAAUUGAAAUGUUACACGAAGAUCGUGCAUUCCCGGAAAAUAAGUUAGCUGGCAUGGUUGCUUCUAAAGUAUUCUAUCAUUUGGGAUCAUUUGAAGAUGCCUUGACCUACGCAUUAGGUGCUGGAGAUUUGUUCGAUGUGAAUGCACGCAACGAAUACACUGAAACUAUUAUUGCAAAGUGUAUUGACUUUUACAUUGCACAACGUAUCGCCUUUAUUGAAAAUCCGAAAGAUGCAAAGACAGUAGAUACGCGUCUAGAAGCCAUUGUUAAUCGUAUGAUUCAACGCUGUUUGGAUGAUGGUCAAUACCGACAAGCUUUGGGUAUUGCCCUAGAAACACGCCGCAUGGAUAUUUUUGAACAGUCCAUUAUGAAGUCUGAUGAUGUUAGUGGCAUGUUGGCUUAUGCCUACAAUGUCACCAUGUCAUUAAUUCAAAAUCGAGGUUUCCGUAAUGAAGUACUACGUUGCUUGGUGGGUUUAUAUCGUGACUUGGGAGUUCCAGACUAUGUAAACAUGUGUCAGUGCUUGAUAUUUUUGGAAGACCCACUAGCAGUUGCCGAAGUGCUGGACAAACUAACACGCUCUUCCGUCGAAGGAAAUAAUUUAAUGGCUUACCAAAUUGCAUUCGAUUUAUAUGAGUCAGCAACCCAAGAAUUUUUGGGUAAAGUACUCCAGGCACUUAAAGAAACAGCACCUAUCCCAACCGCAUUGCCGACAACCUUUAAGCCGCAAGGAACAAACCCUUCUGGCAGUGAUGACGCAUCAAAAUCAUCCAGUGAAGAUAAACCAAAAUCCGAAGAUUCCCCAGGAGACGCUGAAGGCGAUGCUAAAAUCGAACGAACGAUUGACUCACUAAACGAUUCUGAGAAAGCUCAUCAGAAAAAUAUUGAGAAACUUAUCUCUAUUUUGUCCGGCGAAGUAACAAUUGAUCUUCAAUUACAAUUCUUGAUCCGCAGCAAUCAUGGUGAUCUACAAAUCUUACGUGGCACCAAAGAAGCCGUGCGGGUGUCUAUUUGUCACACUGCUACCGUUAUUGCAAAUGCAUUCAUGCAUGCCGGUACUACGUCCGAUCAAUUCUUACGUGACAAUUUGGAUUGGUUAGCUAGAGCUACAAACUGGGCAAAAUUGACCGCCACUGCAUCGUUGGGCGUCAUUCAUCGCGGUCACGAAAAGGAUUCUUUGGGUCUUAUGCAAAGCUAUCUGCCUAAAGAAACUGGCCCCAGCUCCGGCUAUUCCGAAGGCGGCGGUCUAUACGCUUUGGGACUAAUUCACGCCAAUCAUGGUGCGAACAUUAUCGAUUAUCUCUUGCAGCAACUUAAAGAUGCACAGAAUGAGAACGUACGUCAUGGCGGUUGUUUGGGUUUGGGUCUGGCCGCGAUGGGCACUCAUCGACAAGAUUUAUAUGAACAAUUGAAAUUUAACUUGUAUCAAGAUGACGCAGUAACUGGCGAGGCUGCCGGUAUAGCGAUGGGUAUGGUAAUGUUGGGUUCUAAGAAUGCACAAGCCAUUGAGGAUAUGGUUUCGUAUGCCCAAGAAACCCAACACGAAAAGAUUUUACGAGGCUUAGCUGUUGGUAUUUCUUUGACUAUGUUUGCUCGCUUGGAAGAGGCCGAUCCAUUGGUAACCAGUUUGUCUACUGACAAGGAUCCGGUAUUACGUCGAUCUGGCAUGUACACAAUCGCAAUGGCCUACAAUGGCUCCGGAAGCAACAAAGCUAUUCGUCGCUUAUUACAUGUUGCCGUAUCCGAUGUAAAUGAUGAUGUUCGUCGCGCUGCAGUUACUGCUAUCGGAUUUAUACUCUUCCGUACACCAGAGCAGUGCCCUUCAGUUGUUAGUUUGCUUGCUGAAUCCUACAAUCCUCAUGUGCGUUACGGUGCCGCUAUGGCUUUGGGUAUUGCUUGUGCUGGUACUGGAUUACGCGAGGCAAUUGGUCUUUUGGAACCCAUGGUCAAAUUCGACCCCGUUAACUUUGUACGCCAAGGUGCACUCAUCGCUUCUGCUAUGAUCCUAAUUCAGCAUACCGAUCAGACUUGCCCGAAAACGACUUUCUUCCGUCAACUUUACGCCGAGGUAAUCACCAACAAGCAUGAAGAUGUCAUGGCCAAGUUUGGCGCUAUUCUCGCACAAGGCAUUAUUGAUGGGGGUGGCCGUAAUGCCACACUUUCUUUACAAUCGCGUACUGGACAUACCAACUUGCAAGCUGUUGUGGGAAUGCUUGUGUUCACUCAGUACUGGUAUUGGUUCCCAUUGGCGCACUCGCUUUCCUUAGCAUUUACACCCACAUGCGUUAUUGGUUUGAACUCGGAUUUGAAGAUGCCUAAAAUGGAAUUCAAAUCUGCCGCAAAACCAUCUUUGUAUGCCUAUCCGGCACCUUUGGAAGAAAAGAAAUCGGAGGAGCGCGAAAAGGUAGCUACCGCUGUGCUCUCUAUAGCAGCACGUCAAAAGCGUCGUGAAAUUGCUGAUAAGAAGGAAGAAGAGAAUAAGAUGGAUGUCGACGAGGACAGCAAGGAUUCCAAAAAGGAUGAUAAGAAAAUGGAUGUUGAUGAGAAGCCAGAGAAAAAAGAAGAUAAGAAAAAGAAGGAAGAGAAAGAAAAGAAAAAGGAGGAUGAGAAGGAGAAGGACAAGGAGAAGGAGAAAGAGAAAGAGAAAGAUAAGGAUACUGGCGAUAAAAAGAAAGACGAAAAAGAAAAAGAGAAGAAAGAAAAGAAAGAACCUGAGCCUAACUUUGAGAUUUUGCAGAAUCCUGCACGAGUUGUACGUCAACAGCUCAAAGUUAUAAGCGUUAACGAAUCACAAGCUUACAUACCAUUAAAAGAUGUUACCAUUGGUGGCAUUAUUGUACUACAACACACCGGUAAAUCUGUUGAGCAAGAACUGGUUGAACCAGUUGCCGCCUACGGUCCAAAGAAUGACGAUGCUAAGGAACCAGAGCCACCAGAGCCAUUCGAAUACAUAGAAGACUAAAUGGGAAUGCUUUUUAUCAUUUUGUAAUUUUAUUAUAACAAUUCUACAUACAUAUACUGCGUUUCACAUUUAAAAAACAUAUAAUAAAAUUAAAAUAAACUUUAA